UAAGGCACUGGCCCAAAAGCUAUCUAUACGUUUCAAAGAAAGGUAUCAGACAGCUCAUCUUAUCGAAGUGAAUGCGCACUCUCUCUUCAGCAAAUGGUUCUCCGAAAGUGCAAAGCUUGUGAGCAAGCUGUUCAGUCACAUCCAGUCUUUUGUGGAGGAUAAAAGUUCAUUGGUGUUCGUACUUAUUGACGAAGUUGAGAGCCUAGCUGCGGCACGUCAAGCUGCUCUAAAUGGCUCAGAUCCCUCGGAUGCUAUAAGGGUCGUGAAUGCAUUGUUGACUCAGCUUGAUAAACUGAAGCAGCAUCCCAACGUCAUGGUUCUGACGACUUCGAAUUUGACACAUGCCAUUG